AACUUUUACUGUAAAUGGCCCAGGCGUCGGUGUAGAAGGAGAAAUAUGUGACACAGUGAACACAUUCUUUUAUAGUAAACGGGCAAUUAAUCGAGGGAUUAAAAUGCUUUCACGGUUCCGUGUGAAAAUACGUGUUCUUUCAUAAUUUUCCGUCGCGUUAGGUGGUCAAAGAGAGGUUCGAAUAAAAGAACGAAGGGACCGCCGAAGCAAAAAAUGCAGGAUUAGCUCUGUCGGAUCAAAGGGGAAUCGGAUUUUUUUAAAGUUUACACGACCUGAACUUUGACGUAAAAUCGUAACACACUCUUGUUCUUCUGGGAGAACGAUACAUGAAAAAGCACAAAGAAUAAUAUUUGUAGCAACUAAUCGAACUUCACGUAUUUCUCUACAUAAGAAUUUGCAUAUUUUAUAUUUUUACAAAAGCGUUUUCUAUGUAAAUGGCAGAUCGACCGAGAAGUGAAAAUUAAACAUAAAUAAAAUAAUAAGAAAUGCGCUGCAAUUAAAGUUCUCCGACCUCAGAUGUUUUGUUAAUAAGCUGGAUUUUAAGUCAACUAUAUUUCUCAUUUUAAUUAAAUACGGUGACCCCAGGUUCAAGAUCCGUCCAGGAAGUAUGUGAAUCAAAUGACUAUAUCGCUUUUAACGUGGCAGGGAUUUUGAACAUAACAGCUGUAUAAUACGUUUCGACGCAGUGUCAGUGUCGAUCACGAUUUUACACAGUCGCGAACCUCGUAGAAUGCCCCGCAAUGAGCGUUUCAUUCUGAUUCAAAUAAAACUAUUUCUUCGAGACCUGUUUGCUCAUUUUAAGCCGGACACUUGUCAAACGCGUUUGUUUAAAUUGUGCCAAGUUUAAACAAUCAUUCUCGACCUCUUGUAAUGUAACAAUUGUAUAACAACUACGCGGCAAAUAAAGAAGAACGUGUACCGCUAUAAAUUCAAUGGGAAUUAAUCUGUGUUCACCGUGUUAUUCAAUUACCCGAGCAACCGUUAAUUACGCGUCCACUUCGUUAUAAACCCAAGCCGUGUUUAAUUAAACAAAUAUUCGGGUACGUCCGCAGAAUAUUGUUACAUAUUUUAAUUAUCCAUUUCAUUGUUGUCACCUCUACAUCGCCUUUUUAUAUUUUAUUCAAAAGUCACACGAACACUCGUACGCAGAUAAAAAAAUAUUGAAUCUAUUUUUCUUAAGCGAGUUUGUUGUAACAAUUUUAAUUUGCGGUCUAACGAUAAAGUCUCGGGUCAGACGUCUCCGAUUGCUUCGAGGGACGUGUCAGGAUCCUUAUUUUCGACUGACCUACAAUUCGCCGGAGCUCCAUCAAAAUCCGAGGGUGGAGGAUUCUGCGAUUAGAAAAGUGUUCAUUGUGACCUUCUGCUCGAUCAUUUCUUCACGAUUCUGAUUCACAGUAACUAACGACGGGGUGGAUCAUUUUUGAAAGUGGAGUGUGACUAUCGGCCAUGUCUCACAUUUCGAGGAAAAUGAAUUUUCAGUCGUUAACGACUAUGCCAAAGAAUUUACAAGCUACCGAUGGCACAGAUUACAUUGUCAACCCACAUCACAUACCCUGUCCGAAGUACGACGAGGCGUACAAGGAGUCAUUGUCGAACCCAGAGAAGUUUUGGGGAGACGCCGCGAAAUGCGUGGAUUGGAGCAAACCCUGGAAGAAGGUGUUGGACAAUACCAAGCAACCGUUCACCAAAUGGUUCGUCGGUGGAGAAUUAAACGCCUGUUACAACGCGGUGGAUCGGCACGUCCUCGCUGGGAAUGGAAACAAAAUAGCGUUGAUCCACGACAGUCCGCAGACGUCGUCGAUCCAACGAGUGACUUACAACGAGCUAUUGGAAAAGUCGUCGCUCUUAGCCGGCGCGUUGGCGGACCUCGGCGUCCGUAAAGGCGACAUAGUCGUCAUUUACAUGCCGCUAAUCCCGGAAACCAUAAUGGCGAUUCUGGCAAUCACUCGUCUAGGGGCAGUACAUUCGAUUGUGUUUGGCGGAUACGCUGCGAACGAGCUGGCGUCUAGAAUAAAUCACGCGAGGCCGAAGGUGAUAAUAGCUGCGAGCUGCGGUCUGGAACCGGGCAAAGUUAUCCAGUACACGGGUAUGGUGAAUAAGGCUAUGGACAUCAUUUCCGUAGAGAAACCUCGAUGCAUCGUGUUUCAAAGGAGAAACAUUUGGCAAAGUCCGCUUCUGGAGGAUCAACUCGACUGGGACGACGUGAUCCAAAGGUCGAAACCGCAUCCUUGCCAGCCGGUCGAAGCGAACGAGCCUCUGUAUAUCCUCUAUACCUCGGGAACGACAGGCCAGCCGAAAGGAAUUGUGAGGACGAUCGGUGGACAUUUGGUCUCUGUUUGCUGGACGAUGAAAACGGUUUACGGUAUGGAUAAGGACUCGGUCUGGUGGGUGGCAUCGGACAUGGGCUGGGUCGUUGGUCACUCUUACAUUUGUUACGGGCCCCUUGUCUACGGUGCCACGAGCGUGAUGUACGAAGGGAAACCUAGCAGGACACCCGAUGCUGCUCAAUAUUUCAGGGUAAUCGAUCAACAUAGUGUAAACGCAUUGUUCUGCGUUCCCACUGCGCUCCGUGUGAUAAGGCGAGCUGAUCCAGACUUAUCUUUGGGCGGCAAAUACUCCACGAAGUCCUUAAAAUAUAUAUUCGUCGCCGGUGAAUUCUGCGACUACGAGUCAAAGAUUUGGGCGGAAAAGGCGUUCAAAGUGCCGAUUCUGAACCAUUGGUGGCAAACUGAAACCGGCCACCCCAUCACAGCCUUGUGUUUAGGAUACGGACACAAUCCCAGUUUACCAAAGAAUAGUACCGGUCUUCCGCUCCCUGGUUAUCGCAUCGACAUUUUACGGGAAGACACCACCGAAGCGGAGCCGCUGAAAUUAGGAAGAAUCGCUAUAAAGUUGCCGUUACCGCCCGGGUGUGCGUCGACACUUUAUCAAGCAGAUGAGAAAUUCGAACAAAUUUACUUCUCCACGUAUCCGGGUUACUACAACACAAUGGACGUUGGAUACAAAGACGAAUUCGGUUGCGUUUAUGUGAUGGCCCGCGACGAUGACAUUAUCAAUGUUGCUGGUCACAGAUUGUCGACAGCCGCUUUGGAAGAUAUCGUGAUGGGCCACCCCGACGUCGCAGAUGCUGCCGUGGUCGGUGUACCAGAUCCGACCAAAGGCGAGGUACCUUUGUGUCUCUACGUAAUGAUGCUAGAAGCGACGAAGAACGAGGAAGAGAUUAACGAGGAACUGAUAACGCGAGUAAGAAACAUGAUGGGUGCCAUAGCAUCGUUUAGAAUAGCCGCGGCUGUCAAGGCUUUACCCCGGACGCGGUCGGGGAAAAUUGUUCGAAAGUCUAUCGCCGAGUUGGCCCGUUCGAAGCUAGUUAAGAUUUCAAGUUCGAUUGAAGACCCGUCGGUGUAUCGUGAAAUCAAACACGUACUGCAGAAGCUCGGUUAUGCUAAACUAGCUCCGGAUCCUCAAUGAUCAAUUUCUGCAGUUUUUUUUUACAUUUGAUAGUCGUGUGUGUAUUAGAUGUAAUAAAUUUACGCACGUUGUACAAAUUGAUACGCGCGAAGGAAAGAAGAUCCGUCGAUGCCGUCGAGCGAUUAAAAUUAACUGUACUUUAGAAGGGGAUGGGAGGUUGUCUAAAUAACGAAUGAAAUCAAAAUUCGUCUCGCGGUCUCACCGUAAGAUCUUUGCUGUAACUAUUAUUUUAAUUAAACGACAAAUAUAUAUUUCAUAUGAAAAAGAAAUUAGGUUUUCUACAUUUUUCUAAUAACGCAGGAAACAGUGCAAUUUUCUUUUAACGACACGUUCCCCUUUUCACGUUCUGAUUAGUAAAAUUAUGGUGAAUGAAAACAAAGAAGAAGAGCAAAACGUAUUAGCACUUAUUUUUUUAAUGUUCCCAUUGUAAUAUUAUUAUUAACAAUUUAAAAAAAUAUAACAACCAUAAAACGGACUUUACCGAACGAUCUGCAGGAACAAAAUUAAUUAAUCGUACGUCUCUUGUUAGUAAGCAGGUCUGGUAUAAAAAAUACGUGAAAUAAAAAGGUAACAAUAAUAAAUGUGAGGUGUAAAGAGUGAGAAGAAUACAGGACACGAAAUAGAUCCAGUUUUAGUACCCGUCGGAGUCAGACAGCAGAAGCAAAAAAAAAAA